AUGGAUGAUCAACAAGAUAAUGGACCAAACUCUGCAUAUUCAAUGCCAAAGAUUAUCGACUAUCUCCAAUAUGAAUGGUUCAGAUAUGAAGUGGAUCGUUCACAUUGGGUAUCAGAGAAAGCUGAUCUGAUCUCACGCAUUACACAAUUGGAAGCAGAGAGGAAUACACAGGAGACUAUAAAGAAUGACCUGUUUAAAAGAGUUAAGAUGUUGGAGUAUGCACUCUCACAAGAGAGAGCAAAGAACACUGGUGAGGCUGUCGUGCCACCUCCCAAGGAUUCAUCAGAGGAGCAACAAUCACAACAUAGAAAGAAGCCAAGCAAGGCAAGCAUCACAAGAUCAUUGAUCAAGAAGUAUUUGAAAGAUAUGAACUAUAAUGAUAUAUUGGUGUCAAAGCCCGAUCUGACCAUCGAGCAAUAUGAGCCUAAUGGAGAGGCUCACAUGGAUACAGAGGACGUCCCAACCAUGUUGAACUUGACAGACAUGAAGCAACAGCAACAGCUCAAGCAACACUUACAACAACAGAAGCGACAACAACAGCAACAGAAUGAGGCCGCGCAACAAACUGAACCAGUACCAACAUUUGGAUCGAAUGACAACAACAACAAUGCGACCGAGUUGCCAAACUUGAACACUGGCGACUACUCAUUGUCAGACUUGACAAACUCGCUCGAUGCACUCUCCAGCGACAUGGCCUCGCUGGACUCAAUGUCAAAUGGCGGUUCAUUUGACUUCUCCUCGAUCGAGGGUCUUCAGCAAAACCUCGACGAUCUGCAGUUGCCCAAGUCCGAGGAGGGCAGCGACAUGUUCUCAUCGGUCAUCAACAUGCCACAACAUCAGGCCGCAGCAGACGGCAACAACGGCAUGGAGAGCAGCAGCAUCAACACGGUCAACCACAAGCCAACAGGUAGCAUGGAUGGUGGAAACGAGCCAUCGUUCGACUCGUGGAACGAAGACUUCUUCAACAAGCUGUCACACAACUCCAAGGGCAGGAUGAAGCUGAAGGGUCUGAGCAUGGGCGACGGCGCCGCUGGCAAGUCAAAGAAGGGCGCGGUCGAGAAGAGCGUCACACCCACCGGCAGCAUGGGCAGGAAGAAGGGGCUGGCCGCUGACCUCAUGGGCAUCGGUGUGGCUGAGCUCAACGACAUCAAGCUGGAGGACAACUCCAAGCUGCAGAACGACUCGGCGCCCCGUCAAUGGCGCUUCAAGCACACACUCAAGUCGCACUUUGAUGGCGUGCGCUCACUCCAGUUCCACCCGACCGAGCCUCUGUUGGUAUCUGCGAGCGAGGACAACACAUUGAAGAUAUGGAACCUCAACCAUCUGUCUGUGGCCACGACCAAGAAGGCUGGAUCGAUGCCCGACGUGGAGCCGCUGCACACCUUCCGCGGCCACACCGGACCCGUGUUCACAACCGUGCUGUCAGAGAAUGGCAGCCACCUGUACAGUGCUGGCUUCGACGGGGUGAUCAAGCGUUGGACGAUGCCCUCUGGCGACGCCGACCUCUAUCACCGUUACGGACGCCUGGAGAACUACUUGGACCGCGAGUUUGACGGUCACGCUGACGGCAUCUGGGACCUGCAACUGGUGGGAAGGAGCAACCUGGCGUCGGCCUCGUCCGACGGCACCGUGUGCAUCUGGGACGUCAACUCUGGUGCCUUGUGCUCCAAGCUCACGCACCCCAACGGACUGUCCGUCGCCCCAACAUCCAUGUCACUGCCAGCGACCGAGAGUGCGCAGCGUCUGCUCGUGGCCUACAAUGAUGGAUCUGUACUUCUAUACGAUAUCGAGAGCGGACGCGUUGUCUCGGAGCUGCGACCAAGCAAUGAGGCGCAGGUCAACAAGGUGGUCACUCACAACCUGAUGCCACUGGCCAUCACAGGCAGCGAAGACCACAAGAUUGAGUUCUGGGACCUCGUCUCGAACCAGACAGUGCACUCGAUGGUGGCACACUCUGACGCGAUCACUUCACUGACGAUCGACCCCAGCGGCCUGUACGUGGCCAGUUGCAGUCACGACAGCACCAUCAGGUUCUGGGACAUCUCCUCCAAGACUUGCGCACAGGACCUCAUAUCACAUCGACCCAAGUACAAUGAGUCAAUCCACACGAUCAAAUAUCAUCCAACCAAGGGAUACUUUGCAUCUGGUGGUGCCGAUGCUGUUAUCAGGAUACAUCAAUAG